GUAAAACGAAUGAGUCACAUUUUGUUGCGAAAACAGCAGUCUCCAUGUCAGAGAGUUUGGUUUUGAAGUAUUUCUUGAUAUUUUGGUCAAUUUUCACUAAAUAAUUGACGAUACUCAUGUUUAUCUAUGACGUAUCUCAGUAAAGCAAGGAUUUAAUCUGUCCGCUAAUCUACAAAAGAUUAGCCACUGUAGCUAGCCAGCUAAGGUUAGCUAAUUUAGCUAACAAAUUGAAUGUAAAAAGGACCUGCGUCUUCCGUUUGUAAUCAAGCUAGUGCAGAGGACUAUGGCGUGCACUUUGGAAAAGGUUCUUGGCGAUGCUCGCACGCUGCUUGAGAGGCUCAAAGAGCACGACACAGCGGCGGAAGGAUUGAUCGAGCAGUCUGGAGCGCUCAGCCAGAAGGUUCAGGGCAUGAGAGAGGUGGGGAAUGCAAUUCCAGACAAGGUAAAUUAGGUUGCUGCUAUCUUUCGAGCUUGCUGAAUACGUAUCUAGUAUUUUUUUUAAAUGGCAUAUAGAUGAGAGCCUUGGAUUUAUCUGACUCUGUUCACUGUUCCCGUAGUACAUGGAGGAAAGUUCUGAGAUACAGGAGUUGUCAAAAUACAAGCCUCACGUCCUGUUAACGCAAGAGAAUACCCAAAUAAAGGAACUACAGCAAGAAAACCGAGGCAAGACACAAAUCAUGUUUUACUCACUGUAAUAUUUUAUUCUACCUUACUUUGUCUCAGUCAAAUACGUCAUUCGGUGUCAUAAAUGUUUGCAGCACGACAAGAACAACAUAAUCAGUUAAUUUAUUACACCAAUGUAGGUGUCACAUUUGAGGCACAGAUAUGACAGGUAAUGUGUUUUAUCUCCACAGAACUGUGGCUGUCUUUGGAGGAGCACCAGUAUGCGCUAGAAUUGAUCAUGGGUAGAUACCGCAAGCAAAUGCUACAGCUUAUGAUGGAAAAGAAGGAGCUGGACACAAAGCCUGUUCUUAGCCUUCACGAGGACCAUGCCAAGGUACACACCCUUUCUGUCUACUCAAAAUGAAUGUAAUAACAUUAAACUUUAUUUGACAUGGACUCUGCUUUUCUCAUGUGAUAAAUGUAUUAGCUAUGUGUCAUGUUUUAUUUGAUUGAAUUUGGAUUAUCAUGAAGGAAGUGCAAAGCCAACUGGAGCGGAUAUGCGAGAUGGGUCAGGUGAUGAGAAGAGCUGUUCAGGUGGACGACCAACACUACUGCUCUGUGCGAGAGAGGCUGGCCCAACUAGAGGUAAAAAAUAAUGUUAAAUCAAGCAAAUUACCAUUUUAUUAUCGAAGACUGUGACUCUGGUCAGGGUAAAUAAAUAAAUAAAAAUACUAUUUAUCAACCCAUGACCAAUAUUCUAAUACAUUUAGAUUGAAAACAAGGAGCUGCGAGAUCUACUGACCAUUAGUAAGAGUUCUGUGAGGCCACAGAAGGAAGACUCCAGCCAACCAGUGACAAACGAAGAAGCCCAACCGGGGACCAAUCAGUGAUGGAAUCCAUAGAGAAAAUCUCAAUGGCAUACUCCUCGUCUCCUCUCUCCUCGUCUCCUUCUCAAAACCCAUUGGAUGAGAAAGCCAGAGGUCCCGCCCCUCUGACGUUCUCCUCCAAUGGGUUGAGGAGAGAGGACAGGAGGAGUAUGCAAUUGAAAACUUCCCAUAAAGAGGAGUUUGGAUUGUGCAUGGGGAAGAACAGUUCCCCAGGGGCACAAGACAGGGUUGAUAACAUUUUCACCUCCAGUCACCCCUUCCCUUUAA